AUGCAUCGCUUCACUUUCCUCUCUGUUCUCCUCUCCUUCGGGGCUUUCGCUGUGAGUGUCUCCGCCGACCUGCCGUAUGUCGUCUCGAACGGAACUGCCGGUUAUCAGCAGAAGAUGGACUCGGAGAACGAUUGGAUGGUUAAGAACUUGCGCAAGUACUUUGUGAGAACGGAUGAUACGGAAUUGGAGCCGCGAGACAUUAUCUGUGGUAUGUACUCGCAGCUCGGGAACAUUGACGCCUCGUUCCGUUCAAACCCGCUCUCUCUUGACGCUCUGUUUGAGGAUAAGGAGAAUUCUGAGUCAUUUGAAAGAACGCUUGACGAUCUGGAAGAUAAGUGCCACCAAGACCCUUCAGCAUACAUGGAAAAGUGCAUCUCCGGCGCCGAAGCUUUGCUGUUAAUGGAUGUGGUUGUCAACGGCAACGAGAUCAGUGCAUUCUACAAGCAACAGUUUCGUCAGACCAAGGAAACCGUUGCGGAAGUGCUUACGAAGCCCGAGAUGUGUGGAGAAGGAUGGAAGCAUGGCGAGAAGUAUCUCAAGGCGCGAGAACCUUGGUCAUUCGAGAAGAAGGGCUCGCCAGUGAUUCGAAUUCCUGUAUUAAAUUUGCGUCAUGCACGACCUAUUGUAAAGAACGCCGUUAUUGAGAAUCCCGAUGACUCUGGGUCGUGGUGGGCCUCAACCGCCGCAACAAACAUUGAGGUUGACGACGAAACGCUUAUCAGAUGGCUGAUAACGCCUUAUUCUCGAGGCACAAAACGGUUCACGUUUGUUGACCUCGUGCAGAAACGCGUCUCGACGCUCAUCAUGGCCCCUGUUGUUGAACCUCGCCGCAGCAUGCGAGCCUCAGGGCGAGUUUCUUACGAUAUGACGAGGCGCCAUCAGCGCCGCCGCACGAUCAAGAGCCUCGAGGGCGCUUUUGAGAUCGAUAAGAAGGAGACAGGCCGAGAGAAGCAGACUGCAGCCAUCGCGGAUCAGUCCCUUGACGGAGUCAACACUGACACAAGCACGAGCGACACCUCUGGCAGCCUGCCCGGCACCAGCACCGCCAAGAGAUCGACCCGUAUUCGAGUCAAGGUCAGCCCACGAUCCUCCAGCUCUUCUCCCGAGCAGUUGAACGCGAAUCUAUCGGUUGCUACCCCUUCGACUGUGUCGCGCGUAUCUCUCCCCAAGGUCCGCAAGUCCACCAUGAGUGUGGCACCAAAGAACUUGCGACGACGCACCGCUUCCUCCACUUCCUCCGCGUCUCAGCAGACCCCCGCACGCCUUUCCGUGGAAGAAGGUCUCAACCAAUCUCCUCCAUCUACUCUCGAAGUCCCUCAGAUGCAGGACCAACAGCAGCAGAGCGCUGCCCUUCUCCAGAGUGCUCAAGCCGUCACCGACGCCUUGCGAAAGCACCAAGAGCUUCUCGCCAAGGAGUCAUCUGCCAUGCAGGCACAGCACCGCCAGCUCGGCGCCGACCUCAUCUACAUGAAGUCCCAAGUCCGUUCUCCUGCGGCUCUCAUGACACGCAUCUCCAUGCUCAAGAGAGACCUGUCGGAGCAGCUUGACGACCAGGUUGAACUGUACGAAGCUCAGCAGAAGUUUCACAAGCUCAAGGCAAAGCUGGGAAGCAUCUCCAUGAUCGGUCUCACUGCCUCUGAGGAAGACCUCAUGGCCCGCCAGAGAGGCCUGAACGAAAGCAUCAAGAAGAACCGAGAGGAACUCGCAGAGGCGGAACGCGACUUGCUUGGCGUUAGAGACGCUCAGCUUCACAUCGAUGCCGCGAAGACUAAGCUGGACAGCCUCAAGACCCAGCACGAGAAGCACGUCGGAGGCAUGGAAUGGUGGGACGCCAUGACUCGCCUCGUUGCCGGUGGACCCCAAUGCAACUUUGACAUUACCGACCUGGUCAAGAUCUCUCAGACGUUUAUCACCUACAUGGAACCCCGACUUUCCGAAGAAUCGUCCGAGUCUUCUUGA